AUGCUAACUGUAAUGUCUUAUGACAGAUAUGUGUGUAUCUUCAAACCUCUGCAGUACCAUAUCAUUAUGAACCCUUACAUGAUUCGACUACUUGUGUUUAUUGGCAACCUAUUGCCCUGUAGUUUUGCACUAUUUGAGACAUAUCUCUUCAUGCAGAUACCUUUGUGCAGGUACACAUUAGAUAGAAUUUUCUGUGAUAACUUGUCAGUUUCAGAUCUUUCCUGUGACAACUAUUAUAGUCAGGUAGCAAACACCUUUACUUUAUGUGGGGUUAUUUGUUUUGUCGUAGUUCCUGUGUUUCUUUUCAUACUGUCUUAUUUGAAAAUAAUAUUGUUAGUCCUGAAGCUUUCAGCAGAAGCCAGAAAGAAAACAUUUGCCACUUGUACCCCGCAUUUAACUUUCUUUUCCACUGUUUUGUUUGCUGCUUUGUUUUCCAUAAUUUUUAAUCGCGUUAAUCCUCAUGUACCAGCAAAGGUCGCCGUGAUCAGAGUCUUCUUUCUGUCUACCAACUAUAUUCUUAUACCCCCUUUAGUGCAUCCAUUGAUAUAUGGCAUUAAAAACAAAGACAUUAGAACAGCCCUCCUUAAAAUGAAAAGAAAGGCGAUUUCUACUACUAAGCGAUUUAUAGUCCAGGCAUAA